UUUUCGGUAGCACGCAGAGAAACCUGUAAACAAUUUUGACAUUUAUGUUUGCAUUUCGAAGAUUUACCAAUAGAUGUUUUGACUGCAUUAGAUAAAAAAAUAAGUAAAAUGGCACUAUAAUUUAAAUAACAAAUCCUCCAGAUAAUCAAUACCAUCAUAAAAAAAAAUCCUAAUGCGGUUUGUAUUAAUUGUAAGGUUCUUUUAUACAUAAGUUUUAUUUAACCUUGAAUUCUGUAAUUAAUGAUGACUUCAGAAGACGAAAAUCAUUUUAUGGAAAGAAACGGUAGCAAUGAAUCGGUUCAAGUCGUUGUUCGAUGUAGGCCUCUUAGUGACAAGGAAAUCGAGGCAAAAUGCACCAGUGUGGUUAAAAUGUACCCUGCCAGGGGCGUCAUUGAAGUAGGAAACCCCAGGGCCAGAAGCGAAAAUGAAAAAAAUAAAAUAUUUACGUAUGAUUCCGUAUAUGAUGAAUGCUCUACUCAACAAAAUAUUUAUGAUGAAACUGUUAGGCCUUUAGUAGCUUCUGUACUUGACGGUUACAAUGGUUGUGUAUUUGCGUAUGGCCAAACAGGAACUGGAAAGACUUACACCAUGGAGGGUAUCGAUAUCGAUGAUGAUAAGGGUAUCGUACCAAGGGCAUUUGAACAAAUUUGGUCUCAUAUUGACAGAAAGACAGGCGUCGAGUUUUUGGUUAGCGUCAGAUACUUGGAAAUCUAUAUGGAGGAAAUAAGAGAUUUGCUAAGAAUAAAGAACAACAAAACCCAUGAAUUGCGCGAGGUGACAGGUCAGGGCGUCGUCGUUACCAAUCUUCAUUCUCAAACGUGUCAGAGUGCCAAAGAUAUGCUAAGAGCAAUGAAAAUUGGUAACCAAAAUCGAACGACGGGCACUACAAACAUGAACGAACACAGUUCCCGAUCGCACGCCAUCUUCCAAAUUGUCAUUGAAAUGGCGGAGGAACGUUCAAAAACUAUGAAAGUCGGUAAAUUGAAUUUGGUCGAUUUAGCCGGCAGCGAAAGACAGUCCAAAACUGGCGCCACUGGUGAUCGACUGAAGGAAGCUACGAAAAUUAAUAAGGCUCUAUCUUCUUUAGGAAAUGUAAUAUAUGCAUUGGCUGAAAACUCUGCUCACAUACCAUACAGAGAUUCAAAAUUAACGCGUCUUUUACAAGAUUCUCUUGGAGGUAACAGUAAGACAAUUAUGAUCGCCAAUAUUGGUCCAGCUGGUUUUAAUUAUGAAGAAACUAUUAUAACCCUUAGGUAUGCCUAUAGAGCAAAAUCCAUCAAAAAUACACCAGUUAAGAACGAGGACAUCAAAGACGGCCGACUUUUGGGCCUCCAAGACGAAAUUGAGCGCCUCCGACAGCUCAUUAUGGAAAAGAGCAACGGCGAUUUUAAUACGAACGUCAGCGACGAGGAACGUACGGAUACUGAUACAGAAGAUGAAAAUGCUGUAGAAAAAGAGAAGAAAUUAGAGCUCGGAAAAAUGGAAGUCGACGAAUUAGCGAAAAAAUUAAAAACGUUAGAGAAACAAAUGGUGCACGGAGGGAAAAAUAUUGUCGAUAGUGUCAACGAAAACGAGGUUAAGCUUGAAUUACAGAGAGCCGAGAUUGCAGCUAGAAAAAAACGAGAAAUAGAAAUGCAACAAAAAUUAGAACUGGAAGAAGAAACCUGUACAGAAUUAAAGCACGUAUUUGCUAGUUUGCAGCAACAAGUAGAUUUCAAAAGGGAUAAAUUGAAGAGAUUGAACAAUAAAUUGCAAUCUAUCAGACAAGAGAUCCGCGAUAAUCAUGAAGUGUACAUUAAAGAUAGACAAGAAAUCGAAGAAGCUAAUGAUGAAGCGGCAAUGAACUUAAGAAAAUGGUUCCUAAUAAUUGAUAACUUUGUUCCGAGCGAAGAGCGAUCUAGAUUAAUUAACUUGGCUCAGUUCGACGAGAACUUAGAUAAUUGGAUUUUAAGAAAAGAAAAAAUACGAGUAAAUCCAGCUGAUAGGCCUCUAGCUCACAGUUACAGGAGACCCAUUUCGGAUACCGCUAUCCAGAUGAGUCAAACAACACCUAAAUAUAGAGGAGAAAAUAUACUAGACCUGAAACUUGAUAUGCCUCUAAGAACGACCCAAGAAUAUUCGCCUCCUGCAGUUUGUCCUCAAAUUAAAUCAAUAGUGACUGAUGUCGUUAGAAAAGAAUCGGAAAGUAGUCAUAUUAUCGUUAAAAUGCCGUCACAUUCCAUGGGAAGGACGUUGUCUUCAAAAUUAGAACAAGAAGGAAAAUACAAACAAGCCACCAAAGUGAUGGUCGACAUGCAUAAUUACAGGUGAUUUUUAUUUUGGAUAUGUAAUAAAAAAAUAGCUAUCCUAUAUAUGUCAGGCGGUAAGUUUUUUAAAUAAGGGUCCAGUAAUUUUUUGUUAUAACAAAAUUUCUCGACUCAUUUCAUUUGAAUAUUUGAGGUUAUUGCAUUUCUGGGAGUGGAUGGCUUCUUUUUCUGUCAUUUAUUCAGCUUCAACAUUGACGACGUAAUAAAUUUUCUUGGGACCCCUCCCAAGAAAAGUGGAGUAUACUUUAAAUCUGACACGCUGAUCGGGUCUAUCUUAGUCCCCCAGUCCUCCCCCCUUUCACCGCCAAUGGCCCUAAGAUACUUUGACUCCCUCCCAGCUGAAAAAAGUCGAUCUGUUGAGUGACUACUCAAAGUAAGAAUCAAUCCUAUAUGGUAUAACCGAAUGCAGACCUUGCUACGCAUCUUCAGAGUUUGAUUUUGAUAACUCGCUUCCAUAUCUGUUUGUCGUCAUUUCCGUAUUAACUGAAGGUUAUCAGAUUUUAUGUGCGCAUUACAUCUGACAGUUUUUUCAUUUAUUUAUGAAGGCAGUUCAUUUAAGAAAUUGAUAGAUGCAGAGCCAAACUUCUCGAGUUUUUCUUCCAAUUUUACUUGAUGUUCAGAGGUACAAACCUUUUUUUACCGCAGAUUCUUGGUUUAAUCGUGCCUGAAAUAAUGUAUUUGAUUACGUGCGACGUAAUACCCAGGUACCUCAAUAGUCUUUGGGGUUUAAGUAGUAUUCCUUUUAGGGGAAAACGCGAAUUCUGCUUAUCUACCUUAUUCUGAGGUUCUCUUAAGAUUCCACCUCAGCUUCUCUGCAGUUAAGACGGACAACUGUAUAGUAUUUAUGAUAAUGAAACGAAAUAAAAAGUGGUUCUGGACUACCUACGACAUUUGUGCAUUCUUUUCUUGUCUUGUAAAAUAAUGUUUAUUUAAAUUUCAGUAUACAAAAAUUGUUUGUGUGGCUGAUAAGUGUAGCAAUCAAAGUACAGUUCUUCUUAAAAAUUUUGGUAACAUUCAGGUGUUUGGAGAGAGCUUUGAAGCCACAAGUAACUGAAAUAUGCAAGUGUCAAAUUGUUCCUAUUAAAGCAUCUGAUUGAAUUUUUUUUUCCUUAGGAAUCGACCUGGUGUUAAAUC